CAUUAGUAACUGAACCCGAAUGCGUCUAGGACAGGCUGUCGAGAGUGCGACGAUUCUAAGCGACAUGAAACUCGCCAUUUGCCUGGGCAUCCGUGAGCCGUCCGCGAAUGCUGAGUGCGUCUCGAACAAGCUGUCCGACAGCCCCGGAGAGCCUCGGACAGGCUGGCAGGCUGACUCGAGGCGUCCUAGAGUGCUACUUGGCAGUGCCAGCUGCUUCUUAGAACGAACCCUGCCACAGCAUCAACUGCCGUAGCGGACAAGAGACGAGGCGAGCGGACCAUGUGAGCCAAAUUCGUACGAACCUGUGGUACUGUACAGGGGAAGGAAUGAGCCUCUAGGAGGGUAUGAGGAAGUACUACACGAUGACUCAGGCAAGUAGGAGGCUAGGAAUGUGACGGACGGCAGACAGGAGGCGUAUCGUGUAUUUCUGUAGGCAACUUGUGUCUAUGCUCCAUUCACCACCCCACAACUCGUUGCCAUGCGAACAUAGAGCUGAAGGAGCAAGUUUGCGGGUCCAAAUAGAAUGUUCUCGUUAAAUACCCUACCCAACCUUUCUAGGUUGCUAUUCGAACGCUUUGAAAUGCAAAGCAGGCUACUGCACCGCAAUAAGACAUCCCCCAAAAAUUCGCUAUCAGGUGAAGGGAGAGGAGGAACCCUGGGUUGUGUCUGUUCCUUCCAA